UGUAGGAUAUCCGGAAAUGGAUGAAAUCCCGAAAAGGGUUGAAUGCUGACCUUAAUCUCUCGGGUCUCUUAAAACUCCUCUCACCUGCCAAACAUAUCGGCAGAAUACUACAUAAUUCCAUAGCCGGAUAGUCUCUUCUGAUAUUCAACUAACUAAUAAUAACGUGGAUUAAACCAUCAUAACCAUGUGGACAAAAAUAUUUGACUUAAGGUUUACUGCCAAUUACAAGGUUUUAGUAUACAUAUUUCUGCACUAUGUCACAACAAUAUUGGUCGAAAGUUCUGUUAGAUCCCUAAAUGGAGCAAAAGCUAUCAACUUGAUCAAAGACAAACAAAUAGUAUAUCAAGAUGAAUCUGGCGAUUCCAUACAAAUGUCUCCCAUGUCUCUAUUAUCUCAACCCGUCGUAGCAGCAACUUACUAUUUUAGUUCUUUGAGAAGACCAAUAAGUGGUGAUCAACAAAGUCCGGAUGUUUCCAAUGCAUGUGAGGCAGCCGAUUCCAGGCAAGGGACAUGUUAUGAUACAACAGAUUGUGUAGUAUCAGGAGGAACACCCAUGGGCAGAUGUCCUCAAGAAGGUGUUUGUUGUAUUUUUGAUGUAGUAUGUGGUGGAUCUACAAGUGAGGUGGUCUCUUAUUUCCGCAGUCCAAGUUUUCCAGAACCAUACGAAGAAGAAGGAACAUGCAAGAUGCGUAUCAUUAAACAUUCUGAAGCCAUCUGCCAAAUCAAACUAGAAUUCCUAGAUUUCGAUCUUGCCCGUCCUAUUGAAGGAAACUGCUCACAAGACAUGCUCGUGAUCACUGGUCAAAAUGAAAACAAUCUUAUUCCAAAAAUAUGUGGACUAAACAGUGGGCAGCAUUAUUAUGUAGAUGUUGAAGACUCUGGAGCAAUUAGUUUGCAUGUGACUAUGGUAGGAACUUAUGGAAGAAAAUUCAACAUUAAAGCUACUCAAGUAAGAUGUGCAAGCAGAGAAGCAGCACCUCCACACUGCCUUCAAUACCACAGAGGAACAAGAGGUUCUAUUAAAAGCUUCAAUUAUGAUGAAACAAGUCUUUUGGGUCUAGGAUAUCCAAAUAAUAUGGAUUAUGUUAUCUGUAUCAGAAAAGAACCAGGUUUUUGUUCUAUCACUUAUCAGUUAUCCGCAGAAGGAAGGAAUGUGGCUCCUUUUGCAGUUGGUGCACUGCCAGGGACAACAAGUGCCACAGCAACAGCACUGACAGGUCCAGUGGCAGCUGAAUGCCAUGAUGAUUAUGUUCUUUUCACUGGCAUAAGAGUUUGUUCUGGUAGAGUUGCAAGUACAGGACCAGCCAACCGACCAAUAGCUAAUCAAGUCAAUGUGACUUCUACCUACAUACUUACAGAUUCUACACCUGGGCCAUUCCUAGUGAGAUUUGUCUCCAAUGGAGUUCGCAAUGCAAGAGGCUUUCAUUUCACUUAUCGUCAAAACCCAUGUAAAUAAAAAAACACAACUUUGAAGUUAUAAAUUAAAAUCUGUAAGCAAUCAAAUUUUUAAAUCUAUGUCAUGAAUUAGCUCAAGUGGCUAGAAGGAGUCUUCAAAGAAGAUGCAGUAAAACUAGAUUCACUUUUCAAUAUUGAAAAGAAGAAAUUUGUGUUUACAUAAUGAAAAUGUUUGUAUAUUCUUUUCUAAAAAGGUACAAAAAAAAAAAAAAAAAAACAUUGAAAAUACAUCAAUU